AUCAGUGGUAAGAUAUUUAGGAAUUCAAUAUUCUGGAUCUUACGUUUUGAUUGCUAAGUUCGCGUGAACUACAUACAAGCAAAUGUGUAAUCGCGUACUGUUGUCGGAGAUAUUAGCGCCUUAAUAUUAAGUGAUAAAUGCCACUAGCACUUAUAACAUUGGCUUGGCAACCACUCCAUCGCAUCCAGCCUCACGCAGUCUUGACAAGUCCAUGCCAUAUUGAAAGCUUUUUAAAAUUUCAUUUUUUUAAACACGGAAUUGAGAUGUAAAUUAUGUAAAUUCUCUAGAUAAACUGCAUAUUAUCACGUUUUUUGAGUUUUUUCUAUCCCAUUUGAGGAAUAACAUCAAAUGCUCAAGUUGUUUGCGAUUUUGAUUCUACAUUGACACUGGUCUCUAAGAAGCGAGACUUUUUUCCAAAAGCACGCACAAUCGAUCUAUUUGCAAAAUAGGGAAUCGAUUAGAUUUAAUGGCAAGAUUCAUAUCACCUAAUUAUACUGCACUAAGGUUUGCUAAUACUUCAUGGUGAAAAUGGGUGUACGAUUCUUUCAGUCGCUUCUGUUCCUAGCUGUCUUCACGACUUUCCUGGCCAAUUUAUUAUUAAUUCUAAAGUCUAAUGACUCAUGUAUAAAGGACAAUUCUGGAUUUCCAUUGCACAGCGGGGUUAAUAUGGAAUUCUUAAAAAGAAAGCCAGAGCAAAUGGACGAAAUUCGAAAAGAUCAGACGACACCAUUUGCUCCAAUGGAUCAUGACACCGCGACGAWAUUAAACGACGAAUAUGAGCCAAAAUUAAUAUUAAAAAUUGAAGUCUUUUCAAGCGAGAAAAACAUUUCUGUUAUAGUGAACGGCAAAAAGCUUCUACGUGGAAAUCACCCCACUUUGAUUGGAAUCAACGCUGUUGUUGUCAACCAAGAAACUGGAGAGAGCUUAGGAACUAGAUCCUUUGACACAUACAGCGAUGAGCAGGAAGGUCAACUACUGCAAAAAUUCAUUGAAGAUGUUACAGUUGGGAGAAUUAUUUGUUUUGCUGUUAGGGACGAAGCUUCACGCCAUCUCAAGAAAAGCGUGCGUGCCUUUCUCAAACGCAGUGGAAGUGUUUUCAUCAACCGUUUAAAAUGGAGAGACAUGUGGGCUUUUGUAAUACAGAAAGCCAAACACAGCGCUCGUGUUCUUGGAGAAGCCUAUCAACAAUGCAUGCAGCAGAAUGGGCAUGCUUGCGUAUAUGGUGAACAAGGUUGGGCCGCCCCUGUCAGACUUGUGGUCACUUUUCAGGCAGAGAGGAGCGAGGAUAAAUGCAACUGGAAGGAUACCCCCAGUAAUAGACGCAGAAGAAAGUUUUGUAGACGAUAUGAAGGAUAUCCUGGACUAUGCAGCUGUGCAAAUCCCAGAAACAUCGACUUGUCAACACCCGCUUUUGAGGACGGCACAAGGUUUCAACUCCCCAUUGCAAUCAUGGCCAGUAACAGACCAACCUAUCUCUUUCGAAUGCUAACUUCUCUGCAAAAUGUAAUUGGCCUGGAUGCAUCUACGGUAACUGUUUAUAUUGAUGGCUUCUUCAACGAACCGAAAGCUGUAGCGGAAUUGUUUGGUUUGAACGUGAUCCAAGACGUGGCCCCUGGUAAACAGGCAGGACGGAUCGCGCAGCAUUACAAGAAGAGCUUGUCUUCGUCGUUUGACAACCACCCAGAGGCGCAGUACCUUGUAAUAAUAGAGGAAGACUUGGAUGUGUCUGUGGACAUAUUAAGUUACUUCAAACAACUCCUCCCUCUUCUUGAGAAGGACAAAAGUUUGUUUUGCAUUUCAGCUUGGAAUGACCAGGGGUAUGAACACGUUGUGAAUGACCCAGCGAUGCUGUACAGGGUCGAAACAAUGCCGGGAUUGGGAUGGGUUCUAAGCCGAAAGAUAUAUAAAGGUGAACUAGAAAAGAAAUGGCCUGGUCCUGACGCCAUCUUUGAUUGGGACAUGUGGGUGAGAGGAGUUGAAAAUAUCAAAAAUAGAGAGUGCAUCAUCCCAGACAUCUCAAGAACCUAUCAUUUUGCUACUAAAGGGAUGCAUGUUGCAUCGGAGAUGCAAGAAAGUUAUUUCAAAAACCAUGCGCUCAACACAGUUCCAAAUGUCAAACUAGACACGUCGAUGAUGUACAAAGAAAACUAUGAAAAGGAAAUCAAGAGACUUAUCAGUUCAGCCGAGGUUCUCGACCACUCCAAAACCCCGUGCUCUCACGUCAAAACGUUUAUUCCCGACACCAUAAACAAGACCUAUGUAUUCUACAUCGUUAUGAAUCACAACCGAGACUUUAAAACAUGGACGAAUGUCGCGACGUGUUUUCGUAUAUGGGACCUCGACGCACGGGGUUUUCAUAAGAGUAUGUUUCGACUGUGGUACAAGAAAAACCACAUCAUUGUUGUUGGAUGUCCUUCGUCAGUCUAUUGCUCGCUCAAACCGGAAAAACUGGUUCCUAUCAAUAUGCCAAAUAUGGAGACAAGACCACCAACCGGUUAUUGAUAUUGGGACACAGGAGACUCGUUUUCUGGGAAUCGGCAUCAAGGGAAUACAUGACAAUUUUACCUAUAGUUCACCUCUCUCGUGUGGCACUUUCUGUGUUAAAUAGCACCCUCUUUCUAUCCAGUACUCAUCCCUGAAGAAAACACUGGAUUAACUUCAACAUACUACCAGAUUAAUCGAUCAAAUAACUGAAAAAAAAAAUAGGUGAUUUCCGAGAUGCAAGACCACGCAUAUUUUCGGGUAGUUUAUUUUUGCCCAAAAAUACUUCAUGUUUUUACCUAAUCAUCUCGGAACUUUUUUAUUGCUCUAUAGCUUAAUGGAGUAUUUAACCAAUGCAUCAAAGAAAAGGUCGUGGCAAGAAGGUGGUAAUUAUUGUCGGAUAAUUCGUAACUAGUCCCGUUCGGACAGCUAAUUUAUGAGUAUAGAUAUAGAAUUAAAAAAAAAAAGUCAUAGUGCUUAGAAGGAGGCAAUUUCGGGAGAAAGACCCUUAGGAAUAAAUUCGGAAAAAUUAAUUUCCGACCUCGCACGACCUUCGAAUUUGUACUACCGAUGCUCUACCAGCUGAGCUACAAGGCCGAACUGGGAGCAGUUCUCGGUGACAUAGAUGUUGGGUUGCGAACAUAACUCCCAGCAUUAAAAUACAAUGCUUUGAUGUGAAGUUAUUAUGCGAAAUUUGGAAAAGCAAUUCAAAACAGUUGUAGACAAACAAUCUUGAUGCUUGCAUUUUUAAUCACAAAAAACACCUCAACAAUAUAAUUUAGUUUCAACAG